AUGCAAGAAGUAUGGGUUCCUGAUCCAGACCGGGUUUUUGUGCGAGCCCAAUUGGUUUCGGAAAAAACGCUGCGAAACAAACAAAACAAGGAUGAACACUGGGCAGUAGUAAAGGUCGAUGGACGCGAGCGGGAACUGCCACUCAAUGAGGUUUGUGAUGUAAACCCCAAAAAUUUCGACCGCAUUGACGACAUGUCUGAAUUGACACAUUUGAAUGAACCCUCAGUUCUCUAUAAUCUAGAAAACCGAUACGCCGAUGAUGUCAUUUACACAUAUUCUGGACUGUUUCUGGUUGCAAUCAAUCCGUACAGCAACAUUCGCAUAUAUUCACCGGACUAUGUUAGCUUGUAUCAUGGGUCCCCAAAAGAAGACAACAAGCCACAUAUUUUUGCCAUUGCCGAGCAAGCGUACCAAAACCUUCUGACUUUGAAGCUUGACCAGUCUAUCCUGGUGACUGGGGAAUCCGGGGCAGGAAAAACCGAAAACACGAAGAAGAUCCUACAAUAUUUGGCAAGCAUUACAUGUGAGGACAAACUUUCCCCGGAUACUACUCAUGAGAGCUUCGAGCGCAAGAUUCUACAAAGUAACCCAAUUCUAGAGUCAUUUGGUAACGCACAGACGGUACGAAACAACAAUUCAUCAAGGUUUGGAAAAUUUAUAAAGAUAGAAUUUGAUGAACUGGGUAAAAUAAAUGGUGCCCACGUCGACUGGUACCUUCUGGAGAAGUCUCGAGUAGUUGAACAGGGGUCGCAAGAGAGGAACUACCACAUCUUCUACCAAAUGCUGUCGGGUAUGAGCGCACAGGAACUUCGCAAGUUUGGAAUUGAUUCCAGUUCCAUUAGGGACUACCGAUAUUUGCGCGGGUCAAAUGCAAGCAUACCGGGUGUUGAUGAUACCCAAGACUUUCACGCUCUUUUAGCAUCAUUCAAAGUUAUUGGCUUCGCGGAAAAUGAGGUAAACGCAGUUUUGACAUGCAUAGCCAUCGUGCUUCUCAUCGGUAACAUAGAAUUUGUCUCGGAAAGGGCAGAGCAAGCAUCUUUCAAAGAUGGUGUGGAGAACCUUUGUCAGCAGCUUGGAGUAACAGAAGCCGAUUUCAAGACCGCCGUUCUCAGCCCAAAAGCAAAAGCCGGAAAGGAUUGGGUCGUGCAAGCCAAGAACGCCCAGCAAGCACGUUUCAUACUGAAUUCUUUGUCGAGGUCGCUUUACGAAAAGUUGUUUUCCCAUGUUGUGCAGAAAAUCAACGAAAAUCUUGAUCAUGGCUCGAUGACCGAAAACUACAUUGGUCUUCUUGAUAUAGCAGGCUUUGAAAUUUUCAAGCACAAUUCUUUUGAACAGCUUUGCAUCAAUUACACUAAUGAAAAACUACAGCAGUUCUUCAAUCAUCAUAUGUUCGUUCUCGAGCAAAACGAGUAUAUCAAAGAAAAUGUUCAGUGGAGCUAUGUCGAUUACGGGAAAGACCUACAGUCUACUAUUGACCUCAUUGAAAGAAAAAGCGAAAAUCCUGGUGUCUUGCCUCUUCUUGAUGAGGAGUCAAUUUUACCCAAAUCCACGGACGAAACGUUUUAUUCAAAGCUAAUAUCAUUCUGCGAUGACAAGUCCUCCAAAUUCAAACGCUCCAAGAAGGAUAGAUCCUUCAUUCUGAAACACUAUGCGGGUGAAGUUGAGUACAAUGUUGAAGGCUGGCUGUCCAAGAACAAAGACCCGCUAUCUGCAAACCUGCUACAACUCUUAUCAAACUCAUCCAACGAUCUGAUAAGGCAUUUUUACGGCAGCAACGAAUCCCGUGCGAGCUCUUUCAAGACAUCAUCACAUCGCCACAGAGUCCAAUUGAGCUCACUCCUAGAUCGACUGUCUUCCACAGAGCCUCAUUUUGUGCGAUGUAUUAUACCUAAUGAUAAAAAGAAAGCUCACGAAUUCAACAGAAAACUCAUCUUAGAUCAACUACGGUGCAACGGUGUUCUAGAAGGUAUUCGAAUUGCUCGUGAAGGAUACCCAAAUCGCAUUUUUUUUAAAGAGUUCUUCCAGCGCUACAAAAUUCUAUCUGACGAAUACCGCUAUUCGAACAACUCUAAGAAAAACUGUGAAAUAGUUUUGUCUGCUUUGCACCUUGAUCCGGCACUCUUCAAGGUGGGAAAUAGCAAACUCUUCUUUAAAGCAGGUGUUCUUGCUGGCCUAGAGACCAAGAAAGAGGACCGUAUUGCAAGCAUGAUUUCCAAAUUAAAUGCCAAAAUCAACGGUAAUUUAAUUAGAAAGCAGACCGCCGAUCAACUGAAAAAGUUGCAAGCCGCCCAAGUUUUAAAAGUUGCCUUCACGUCCUAUGACCAGUUGAUGAAAGACCCAUGGUUCAGUCUGUACGUUAAAAUCAAACCUUUGCUGGAUUCUACGCAAGAAAUUUCCAAGACAAAGAAAAUAGCCGAAAAUGUUAAGCAACUUGAAGCUGAGCUCAAACGAGUCAAUGACUUAAACACAGCUUUUGUGGCUGAGAGAUCUAGCCUUGUCCAAGACUUAGCCGGUGUAAAGGAAAUGCUUCAAGCAGAGACCAAAAAUCUCAAAGAGAAAGAAAGAGCUUUGGAACUUGUUAACAGUAAACAGCAGGAGCUUCGCGACUUAUUUGAGGAAUCUGAGAAAGUCAAGCAUGCCCUCGCUGAUGAAAAAAGCGUUCUUCAGCAAAAUUUUGAAAAGUCUCGAGGCGACUUACAAGGUGUACAGGAGGGGUCGACCAAGGCUCAAGCUGCGUUGCUCUCCAUCCAAAAAGAGAAACAAGAUUUGAUUAAAACAAUAAAUGAACUUCGAUCGGAAUUGGAUGACGCCAAAGAUAAACAGUCUAGUCUUGAAGAUGAGAAGAACAAAUUGAAUGGAGAAAGAGCCGAAAUGAAGGAAAUGCUCUCUUCAAAAGAAUCAAGCAUAGCUGAGUUAAAAACGAAGCUUUCGAGUUCAGAUAUAGAGCUAGAGAGGACCUUACAAGGCUUGGAAAAAAGAUUUCACAGCACCUGCAAAAGAUUGGAGUCUUUGGUUGAAGAGAACAAGAAUUUGAGAGCGUCGUUGGAAAGAUCAAAUAAAGAGUACGCGGAGGUACAGAACACACUAAAGUCGAAGCAAAAAGAGCUCGCGAGAAUUUCAGAACGCGCAGAGCAGAAUCAGAAUUUCAUACAGUCACUUAACAAGGAAAGAGAUGAGCUUUCUUCAGAACACAGUAGCCUAAUAAGUGAAUUCAAAGCCGUUCAGGUUGAGCUAGCAGAGUUCAAAAAAAAGUAUCAAGCAUUGGAGCAUUCCUCAAAGGCUUUACAGGAAAAGACCAAUUCCCACGGCAGGUCUGGCUCGUCCGUUACAGCAAAAAAUGAGCGGGAAAUAAAAAGUAUUGAUUCUUUGACGGAGCAACUUGCCAGAGAAAAAUCACUUACUAGAUUUUUGAAUGAAAAGCUCCUGGACAGCUCGUCAGCUCCUUCAUCCUCAGGUUCGUUCCACAAUAAGCGUGAUAGCGGAUUGACCAAAGUAGAUGAAGUUUCUGAGGCGUAUGAUGAUUUACAGAUAAAGCUGCGGGAUGCUUCCUAUCGUCUCGAAAAAGAGACAAACCAAAAGAAAGAUCUCAUUUCCAAGUUAAGAUUCACUGAGACACGGCUGGCAUCUGCAUCAUUUGAAAUUCAGACCAUGUCCUCACAGUUGAGAGCUUUGAAAAGUGCUCUCACUAACGGAGACAAGAGAGCGAGUGUGGAAGAGAUUCUCAGCGAAGUUGAACCGGUGGAAGUAAAUCACGAAAAACUCAUCUUGGAGGUCGAAUACCUACGAAGUCAAUUGAAUACCGAGAAGCAAGCCAGAUUAGAUGCUGAGAACGCAGCUUCAGCUUUGCAUAAUAAAAUGAGGCAGAUUCAGAGGUCCGAUUCUUCAUCCGAUAUAUUUCGCCUCAAGUACGAGGCUAGUGAGCAAAGGCUCAAGACUUUAGAGUCGAAGUUCAUGUCACAAGCCUUAAGGGACAAGACCAAUCUCAGCAAUGGUGAGUUAUUCACACACCGUGGCGCCGUUGCCAAAUAUGAGGAAGACCUGAGAUUUUUCAAGCUAGAGAACUACAAGCUUCAAGAUCUUCUAGUUGAAGCAGAGAAACAAACAACUAACAUGAAGAAGGUCAUAAAGCAGCACCAAUCUGACAAGUUUGCUUUGAAGGAUGAGCUGACACAAUUGCACAAGGAGUUGGAUGUAUCUGAAAGGCGAAAUCAGCUGCUUGCAGCCAGUUCCAAAAACCACAAAGUACAGUACGAAAACUGUAUAGACGACCUGCAUGCCACAGAGGAGCAACUCAAAGAGAUGAUCCACUGUUUGAAGGAGUCAGAGGCUGACAUUAAAACCAUGAGCACUAUCGUCGAAAGAUUGAAAAGUCAAAAUAAACAAAAAGAUAGACAAUUGUGGGAAGUUGAGACUCGCAAUAAUGAGCUCGAAUCAGAAGUCGAAGAGAGGAAUAUUGAAGUGGAAAAACUACAAUCCCGAAUCGACAUCUUGAACAAAGACCUUGCUCAUUUCAAGGAACGAUUCAAGUCGGCUGGAGAUCAAAGUCAGCUGCUAAGCGAGAUUGAAAAGCUUAAAGAUGAGUUAACAGUCUCACUUAGAACAGAAACCGAACUCAAAAAGGAGAAUUCGUCGAUAAAUUACACUCUGGAAACCGCGAAGAUUGACUAUGACUCAAAAGUCGAGGACUUGUUAACACAGAACUCGCAUUACGAGCAGGUCAUAGGUUCAUUAGUCAAAGAAAGGGAUGCAGCGAUCUCCGUAAGGGAAGAGCUGGAAGCUGCACUCGCGAGGCUGCAAGGCAAAGUGGACGACCUUAACACAUCUGUCACAAGUCUGCUUGAGGAAAAGCAUCAAUUGGAGUCGCAUCGAGCGAGUUUGAUAGCCCAAUCUGACGAAAGUAAACUACGUUUUGGAAAGUCCGAAAACAUGAGAAAGGAGCUGGAAGCUAAGUUACAUUCACUUGAAGAAGCUUAUAGUCUCCAGGAACAGCAAAACGGUCGUAAUGAAUCCCUGGUGGAAAAGUUACAAUUGACUUCCGCGGAUGCAAAAUCGCAACUAGCAGAAGAAAAAGAGAAGAGCAUCACACUACAUGAAGAAAACACAUCUUUGGGUAAAUCGAACGACCAGCUCAGGAACACAAUAUCGGCAUUAGAAUCUAAGCUUGCCGAUAAAAGUGAACAGGAAGCCUGGGUAGCGAGGGUUCAGGAGCUCGAGGAUCUUGUUACCCGAGAGUCUGAUGCAAAGUUUGAGGAAAUCAAAAAAUCUAAGGCGCUAGAACGCACUGUCGAGGAAUUAAAGCUGAUGAAUAAGAAGCAGGCAGACACUAUCGCUACCGCAAACACGAACAGAGAGGAAUAUACUCUUGAAAUAGCAGAGAAGAGUGAGAGACUGGGAGUCCUGGAAGACUAUGUGGCGAAACAGGAGGUGGAUGGAAGACGGAUGGAACGUGAUAGAGCUUAUCAAGAAGAGCAAAUACUUUAUUUGAAGAACGAGCUCGACCUGUGGAAAGAAAAAUACAAUGAUGUCUUGAAAAGGCGUGAAAGCGUAGAUGCCCGCUCAAACGAAGAGUUGUUUAUAUAG